AUGAGCGGAGCGGUGGGGCAGCGGGGCUGCUGCACAGUGGCAGGACCGCAAAGCGAUCCCUCUAAGAACCCCAAUUAUAGGCGCGGCUCCCAGAACGAUUACUGGCGCAAGCGCACCGAGGACCGCCGGAGCAGCAAGGGCAAGUCGGUGUCCACCGACAACCAGCAGAGGCGGAGAGGCCGGCCAGCCCACAUGCGCAGCCCCGACGACACGCCCCUGCGGGACGGCAACCGCGACCGCCUGAUGGGGCUGCUGACCACGCGGGCGGCCAGCACGAUGGCGCACACAGUUGAGGAGGACAACCCGGCGCUGCACAGCUGGCUCAACCGCUACCUGCAGGAGAAUGACAUCCCAAAGGACGGCAACUGGAGCGACGUGUCGGGCGAGAACUUCCUGCGCACGCUGCUGACGCGGCCGGUGGAGGAGAUCUCGGGCAGCUUCUCGGACGAGGAGCCGCAGUUUGCCAACGCCUCGCCCGUGGGCGGCGACCCGCGGCAGACCGCGCAGCGAAUCAUGGACCUGAGGCACCAGAUUGCCAAGGAGUGGAUAGAGGAGCUGCAGUCGGUGCCGGAGGAGAACUCUGUGCUCAUGCAGGAGACGCUUCUCAAGAGCCUGUCGGCCACCCCAGACAGCAGCGCAGCAGGAGUAGAGGCGGAGGGCGAGGCGCAGGGGCAGGGCAAGGGCAGGCUGCGCAAGGUGAACAUCGAGGAGGUGGAUGACUCUGCUGCCGGCUGCGACGACUGA